CUCGAUGCCGCCGGUGCCGCCGGUGCCGCCCAUACCGACCAAACCGUCCAACAUCACGGUCCAGAAGCAAAUCUACAUCCUCACCGGUGUGUUCGCCGUCUUCAUAUUCUGUCUGAUGGUGAUCAGCUUUGGCACGGCGUACGUCAUGCUAGGCAAACGACGGCUGGUGCUGUCCGGGAGUGCGUCGGACCGACACGGCGCGGCCCCGGCGUGGCACGCACGCUCCACCAGGCGGCAGGCGCCCAACGGCGCACGCGACAACGCAGCCUUCGCUGACCACGACGACGACGACGAUGACGACGACGACGACGACUAUGGCGGCGGUGACGACCUGCAGCGGCGCUUCAGCCAGUACGGUGGCCAGCGACCCCA